UGCUCAUCGACGCGUCUCGUACACUCGGUUUCGCGGUUCGCACGGCUGGCCGGUAGCCGUUCUGGUGUUCUCACUCGCACAGCAAACAGACAUCCGGAGUCUGCGGACGAUCCGCAAAACCGACGGGGGCCGGCGUUGUUAAUCGACGUUAGGGGCUUUUCUGUGAUUAUGCUUCCAGCGCCAUCAUUGCCGUCCGGUAUCAGCAAUACAGUGGCAACAACCAGAAAUUAGUCGAUCAUACGUUGCUCCGGAUUUGAGUGCGUUUCGUCUGUGUUUAACGGUCAGCCUCAUUUUAUAGCGAAAAUGGCGAACAUUUGUUUCCAGGUGCCAUAGCUAGGAAGCGAUCGCACGCAUUGUUGUAGCUUCGUUCAGUUUUUGUUACCGUAAAUAGAAAAAAGGUGCCACAAAAGUCAUGAGCUGCAGAGGCCGCUUCACGUGUGAUGGAGUUUAUGGUUACGAGGAAUAGGAGACCACAGAGGACAACAAUUGCCAACGGUGCCAAAUAGUAGGACCGCGUGCGCUUCGCAUAAGGUUCCUCUGGUUUGUGAUAAGUAACCAAGUGUGUUGGUGUGGCUGUCGAGGUGUGUGCCUUUGUGCCGCGUCUGCUGCAAUCAGUUUUCUCCACAAAAAAGCUCGGCCAAUUCCGAGCAACGUGCGCGUGUUAGAAGAAACUUUCGCGGAAGGUUGAGCCCCCCCCCCCCAAAAGGGUCACAGAAGAGGCAGUAUGUACGGUGGUGACGGGCGUUUGAGACGCAAUCGUAGCUUUGGUGUGUUUGGAGAGACCAAACGGUCACCGAACGCGAUCGCAAUGUUACCGUCCGAGACGGAAAAGUGCUUUCCAUACUCGAUCCUCUCAAAAGCUCAGCAGCAGCAGCAGCAGCAGCGCAUGGGAGUGCGAGUAGAAGCUGGCGUGAAACCGGCAUUAACGGGUGGAAUGUUAAGCAGCAGCAGUAGUGGCAGUCCCUCGUACGAGGUACCAUUGGUCAAUGGCGCAACUGGAGCAGCUGGAGCGUUCUACAGUAAUGCGAUGGUAACGGACGUCGGCAUUUGUUUCAGUAUGAGUAACGUAAACCUAAACGGCGAGUAUCACGGACCGGUGAACCACCAUCUAGUGCCACCGGUGCCACCGGUAGCCAAGGUACAACCCUUGGUUCCGUUAGCACCACCACCACCACCACCACCGGCUACAAAUCGUUCGCCAGGCACUUUUCACGAACGGAGGAAAUCUUACGAAGAUCCGGGACCCGGUACAGCGCUGAUGCUGGCAAGACGUCGAACGGCCGCGUUCGUCCCUGUAUCGGCGGGGGCCGUCUUUAAACCGAUCGUUCAUUUACCACAACCAGCACCGCCACCACACGCCGCCACGGCACCACCAGUGCUACCAAAGCUCCAAACUGCCAUCGAACCGAACGUGGUAGCGCCGCUCACUUCGGUCCAGCAUACAGCGCUGGUUCAGCCACAACCGGCGCUCGGUGGUUCCUCUUAUCAUCAUGCCUCGUUUCCGGCGCCGGUACUACUGAACCACGGACGCCAUCCGUUACCGACGGUUCACUAUCCACUGCCAAGAUCGCACCGAUCGAUGCUACCUGCUUCCGUCGGUGCUGCGCCCCAUUAUGGGCCGAACUCUGGUCGAUCACCGUCCUGCGAUGCUCUGUCACGAGUGGCCACUGUCGGUACAGUUGCUGCUGCUGCUGCUGCUCCUGGAGCUGGAGUAGGAGUAGGGGCAGGAGUUGUUGCAGCUUCGCCCCUCAUGUGCGCAGGAGUGACGAGUAGUCGUGCAUCUCCACCUUACAAUUACAAACAAUCGACUGGCGGUAGCAGCGCAAAAGGGGUUGCCACUUAUGAGCCAUACCCACCACCACCACUGGCACUGGCGUCCUUACAGCGAUCAUCGGCAGCUGCGGGAGCGGCGCAUCACCACCACCAGCUACAACCAGUUACCGUCGCGGCACAACCGACGCAACCAUCGUUGGCAUACUUUGCCUUACCCGCUGGUGCCACCGGUGCUGCCCCAUCGAUCGAUCCGUUCGAGUACUACCGACUAACGGUCGAUUCGGCAGCAGGUGAUUCCACCGUGAUCCCUGGUGGUGGCGCAGCAAAGUGCACCAACGCGAUCGCCGAUGAUCCGGGUUUACCACCGGUUCGGUACAGCAGUGGCGGCAGUGUGCGCAAACUCGUGCUCAAGUGCUGCUACGACGAACUGCGUCACCUUCCGGCGGUAACGGCACUGGGCACUGGCCACGUAAGAUCGCCGGCACAGCAAAUCACAGUUCCUGAUGGGGCUUCUUCUACCGCUAGCCCAGUGGCAAGAAGUACACCCGGUGAUGCACGGCGAGCAUCAUCGACAUCCUCUUCCACGAGCUCCUCGGCAUCAUCGGCCGAAUACGGGCAUCCGCAUCAUCCGGCGAUGGUCGUCACGAGUCGCUCUUGUCCUGCUUCUCCGAACGAUCCGGCACUGGCGCUCGUGGCCAAGUCGGAUGAGCCGGUUCUGUCCACCUGCUCCUCACCGAUGAUAAGUCUCGUCCAGGAGCAGCAGCAGCAGCAGCAGCGAAGUGAUGAGGCACCGAUGGAGGUUUGCAGCGAUGAUGUUGGUGGUUCUGUGGAGCAGGAUAAAACCACGAUUGACAAAACGUUGGACGAUGAACCGAAGGAUUUCAGUAUGAAACCACUGCACGGGAAGGCUGACCGUGCGAGCGUCCGAGCGCAAGGGCUUGAUCUGGACCGGAACCGCAGGGAGCUGAAGACGGCGCCGAAAAAGAAAUGGAUACGCCAUUACAUGGAGGAUGAACCACUCGUGAACGGGCAUUCCACGGCACCGCCGCUUGUUGUCAUCUCGUCGAACGGUGGAGGAUCGCUGAUGGGAGGGGCGGUGUUACAGAAGCAUGGGUCAGUGAACCAUGUGACCACCGCGGUGGCAACAACGAGCAUUGCCAGCACCACCGCCUCACCCAUGACAAUCGAUCUUUCGACCAAGCAUCAACCGACCAUGGUCCCGUUUCACCAUCAUCACACCGUAGUGGCGGCACAUCCAUCGGUUGCUCCCUCGACGACACCCCCCUCGUCGGCGCUAUCAUCGUCAUCUUCCACCUCCUCGUCCUCUUCAUCGUCCACAUUGACCGUAUCACCGGUGGACGUGGAUUCUCAGUCAUCCCUUAGCCUAAGCAAUGGUGGCUCCAUCCCCGUGAAUGGCUACGUGACAGCGCACAGCAGCAGCAACAGCAGCAGCAACAGCAGCAGCAUUAGUAGCGCCAGCAGCAACAACAGUGCCAACAUCAACAGUGCCGGCAAUCUUAGCAGCCUGGCCGGAACAUUGUCACCCUUGACGGCGACGACCGGUGGUGCGGUCGUCACGAAUGGUGUUCCUUCCAGCGGAGCCCUACAGAUCGGCUUAAAUGGCGUAGCGGUAGCUGUGGCCGCCGCUGCAUCAUCCGUGCCCGGAUCCGGGCAGCACCAUCACGCCGGUUUGCAUCAUUUGCCGCUCGAACUGCAGCAGCAAGUGGCGGCCGGAUUGUCGGCGCACGGUUCCCAGACUGCCGGUGCGGCCCUGUUUGCCAAUAUUCCAGCCCGCCGUAGAACGACCAGCUCCAACAGCAACGGCGUUGGAACGAGAGAGGUGCACAACAAGCUGGAGAAGAACCGGCGGGCACAUCUGAAGGAGUGCUUCGAGCAGCUGAAGAAGCAACUAAGCUUGCAACCGGAUGAGAAAAAAAUCUCCAACCUAUCCAUUCUGCACGCCGCGAUACGGCAUAUACAGGUGUUGAAACGUAAGGAGCGUGAAUUUGAGCACGAAAUGGAGCGGCUAGCGAAGGAGAAGAUUGCGGCGCAGAACCGGAUUUUGCUGCUGAAGCGCGAGAUCACGCAAAUGGGAGAUGUCGAUGUGUCGCGGCUGGCACCGGACACGGACAUGACACCAAACCCAACGACCAACGGAGCCGGUGCCGGUGGUGUAGUCGCCGGCGGUCUCAAUCUAGUCGGUGCUACUGUGCAGUCGGAUCGUGAUCAAUCUAGCGAAACUGUGUUGGUGCCUGGAAGGAAUGGUAUUCGUUACAGCUCCAGUAGCUCACUGUCGAGUAUCGCUACGAAUGCGUCCAUCAGUACACUUCCGCAUCAAACGACAAUCUCGCCAGUCCUAUCCAUAUCUUCUCCGACGCGCGGUAGUCCUGCGUUGAAUCGCAAUUCAACGUCACCGCCAUCUUCAUCAUCCUCAUCGUCACUAUCGUCAGCCGCCUCUUCGUUGUCCGUAUCUUCGGUAUCGGCCGGCAGCCUCAUGGUACCACUUUCGUUAACCACCAAAGGUGGUAAUGUCCUCGAGGCGCACAACAUUACCAGCACUGCACCGUCAACGCUCAAGUUCUCCUCUGGGCCACUGAAUGGUCUCAAUCUGAGCAAUUCCGCCACGGCCCUGACCGUGAAUGGGGCUACCGUUAUGAAUGGUACGACUGGCAGUACAACCACCGCACAGUUACCUGUCAUUGUUGGUGCGAAUGGAACGGCAAACAUCGUGGGCAUUACGCACUCGCAACUGCUAGCAACGACAGCAGCGGGAGUGAACGGGUCCACGUCCAUCCAGACGAUACCGUUGAACCUGAAUGUUACGUCGACUACCAACGUUUGCAAUGGUAUGAAUGGAAGUGGAGCCCUUCCAACGGCUGCUAUCAUCUCCAGUGCCGCUGGGCUACAUCUAGCUCCAUCAUCGGCUCAAGCACUGCAAUUGACGACAGCGAGCAGUGCCAGCAACAGUAGUAGUAAUGGUACCAGCAAUAGCAUCGGCACCACUGCCGGUAUCACCGUUAGCAGUGGCAAUAGCAUAAAUGGCGCUUUUGCCACCACUGGCGGUAAGACCAGUGCUAGUGUCUAUAGUACGAUGCCCGGUGUUAGCGUCGGAAACCUGAUGGGGUUGACCGGCAAAGAACUGAUCAACGGUACGAUCAACGGGAAGAACGGUACCGUACGAACUGAUACUAGUAAGCUUGAGAUUAUCGCAACUCAAUCGCCCACCAAUAAUGCAACCGUGGUCGCUACCAACGGCACCACUGGAGCACUAGACCCACCGGGAACGAAAGUUAUCACCUACGCACUCACCUCGGUGGACAAGGAUUCGAAAAUGGGCGUAGUCUACAGUCCCAUCCAGUUGCUGACGCAGCAAGGGCUGCGCGUCAUACAGCAGUCGCAGAAUGGCCUGGCAACUAUCGAGCUUAGUGCACCGUCGAACGUUGGUAAUCGUUUGCAGCUGCAUUUAACCCACUAGAGAGACUCCAUUUCGAUCGCUUGCAAACUGCGUUGCCUCCGCAAUGCUUCAUUGGGCUGCAGUGGAUUAUUCUGCCAUUUACCAUCUUCCGUUUUCCAUCGUCAUCGUCUCACAUCGGCACAUCCGUGGACUCGGUUAGCAUCAGAUUGUGCGGAUUAUUAGGGCUGUCCAUUGUAGUAGAGUUUUUGCUUAAGAUUUUUAACUCGGUAGUUGCGUCCAUCUUUUUUUUCUUUUACUUUUGUUGACCCAUCACAUUCAGUUUAGCAAAGCUACUUAGUAAGCUUGUAAAAGAUGUUUGGUACAAACAGGUGGCCAACGGUGGUUCCGAAGACUCUAAAAUCAAGCAAACGAACCGAACGAUAGGAUCUUUACUAAUUGCUGGCAAUUAGACGCACAGUAAUCGACGGAAGAUCUUCUUCGUCUCGUUUUUAGCCAUGAUAGCAUUUUGGUUACGCUUGCCCAAGGAUAAGUUGAUAACGAUUUUGCAGUAGACGCAUAUUGUGACAACUCCAAAUGAAAGCAGGCUUUAAACGCAUAGCGUACACGGGUUAGCACCUGGUAAAGUAUGUGUAUUUGUUUCACGGAUUUGAAGAUAACAGAACAACACACAACCAUUCUACAACUAGCAGACACUCACGUUUAGUGACAAUCAAACAAACAAUAUGGUACAGUACCGUGUGCUGCUCGUUUCGUGAUCCACAUGCUUCCUGUAAGCCACGGGCGACCGCGAACCCGGUUUAUGGUUCUUCAAUAAUAACUUUCGAGUAGAGUGCUGGCUCGGAAGGAGCCGUUCCUUACCCGCAAACAAUUACAAUAUCUCGUAACGAAAACAGGAAAACCGAAUGCGCUUUUUGUGAGCCUUUGGAAAGCGCUCACUGGAAUAGAGCUACGAGGAAAACGGCUUUUCCAACACUACACAAAACGCGCAAUGAGAAACUCAACGACCAAUGAAUCACACGACCCGGCCCGGGUUCUAAAACCCGUCAGCGUGGCUACCGGAUGAUAAGAGCCAAAAGUGAGCAUAUUGGGCGUGUGAACUAUAUACCGAAUCGGUUUCGAUACGAUCCUCUGUUGCUUUACUCUUUCUUUCUACUUCUGCUGAACUCUUGUGCUUGUCUUCUUCAGUCAUUCGCAACGUAAUGAAGGCUGAGGAAGGCAUUUAACAAGAGUUGAGAUAGGUGAUUCAGGGGAUCAACAGAGGAUCAAAUGAAAAGGCAAAUAAAGUGUACAGAACAAACACAACAAAAAUAUUACGCACUACAACUCAAGGGGAUAAUGCAAACAUAAACGUAACAAAGGAACAUGAUACAGUACACAUAACCAAACAAGGAGAACAAAAUACGGCUCACAACCCUGUAGUGAAUAAUGUGACCAUCCUGUAGCGAAUAGAAAUGGGUGUUGUGAAGCUUUGUAGGUUUGCCAAUAUGCAACUAAUCAUUACCAUCAGCACUACUACCACCACCACCACCAAAACCGUUUGAACAGCAUAUGAACCAUUUGACUACGAAAUUGCAGUACGAUUGCACUGCGCUACAGAUGCUACUACUACUACUAUUACUACUACCAAUACUACUACUACGGCUACUAAUCGAGCGAAUAUCUUCGUAUGUUGGUGUGUUUUAUGUGUGUGCAUAUGUGUGUGUAAGCGUGUGAGUGUGUGUUUGCUGAAUGUGUUGUCGUCUCCAGAGUAGGUAGUUAGUGGCUAGUGGCCUCUGUGAUGGAGAAUCGAAGCUGAAAAUAGCGCACUACACUACAGUAAUCGACAACGAAGCUACGCAUAGAGGUGUACAACAAUCAGACAAACCGACGAACCGAAGUGAAGAUCGAAAGAAUAACUAAAUGCGAGGAGAACUGCUGGCUGGUAGCACUUAUCUAAAGUUAACCCGUAGUGUGUGUAGCGACAGUAUUGCGUAAGGUUGUAGUAAUCGCUCCCCGUAGGGCAAAGUACUCUGGGCCGUGACUUACGCGAUGUCACGCUGUGUGAUUACGACUCGGUGGUUUUGUUUUCUUCUUCAUCAUUCAUUUGAUUUGAAUUGGCAUUUGUAUGGCCCAGAACGAGAAGUGCGAUGUGGGUUGAUGGAACGUUCUUAAUGUUUUGCCUUCGAGAAGUGUUUCUUGAUCUCAAUUGGCAGUUUAAUAUGACUGGUCUAUGCGUUUAGCCUUACCUUGAAGGAGAACGGUUACUUAGGAGUUCCAGGAUUCAUUAUUUUCAACUCGAAAGACUACUAGGCUUAUAGACUAAUAGCAAAUGGAAGCAGAAAAAAGCCUUUAGGGAGAGUAGUUUGUUUUCCGUUUAAUUUAUUCUACGAAGGGUGUCAGUGUGAACGAAGCUGCUGAAUUAAACAAAGAAGAAAAGAAAACAUACGGGACUAGAAUGCUGGCGAUGAUAACUGAAACGGAUAGUGUUUUAAACUGUACAUCAAUACCGAGAGUUCUUAAAUGGCAUGAACAAUGAUGUGGCACUGGGUCAUUCUCAAGAAAUCGUAGUGCAAUCGAAUGGGAAUCACAAACGAAAUGGCCUGUAGAACACUGGCAGGCAUACAAACGAAUAGGGCACUUUUGUGGACAAUUGCACAUACACAUACACUUUAUAUAAACCAAACAAGCAUAUAUUUUUCUAUUGUACAUAUUGUAACGAGUACUGCACUGGGUCUGCACACAGCUCCACCUGCUCUGGCAGACAAUGUGGGAAGUGGAAAGAUUAAAAAAGGAUAGAUAGAGAGCGAGCGGAGAUCAAGAAAAAUCAAUCUAACAAUGAAGGGAACAGCGAACUAGUGACGGGUUUUUAGAGAAGAAAAAAAGGUCAGACAAAAUCAUGAGCGAUAGUUUUUUUUUGUCUAAUUAUUCGUUCCGAUUUCGAAGUUGCUCGGACGGCCGGGAUUAGUGAGUUUUAAAUGAAGAACCAAGUACACGUAUUUUCGCACAUUUCAUUUACUCCCCCGUGCAUAGAGAUCCGGUACAGGCAUAUCUGGUUUACAGUGAGCAUAGCUUUCUGUAAGCGCCAUGCCGCCGAGUGUACACAAAUCAACCGAUCAAUAGGUCGUCGUCAGCAGAAGCGAACCGAAUAGCAUAGCGAUGCGGGGUGCAAACGAGAGGGGACGUGGGGCCAAGAUAGGGAUGCGCGAUUGGAAAACAAACUAUUUCGUUUUUAAAAGGGGCUUUUUAUGUAUUUGUAAAGUUUAUACCUAUGCGUUUAAUGGUAAGCCUAUUUUAUUCUGUACAGUAUUUAAAAAAACAAACAAAAAAAAAACAAAUUUAAGUAAAACCACUUUAGCAAAGAAGCAAAUGAAACGCGAGCAAAAGAAACCAUCAGAAUGAAAUCGAUGAUGAUCGAUGUUCCCAGCGCCACCCUCCCUUUCCCCGUUGGCGGGCAUUUUUACGAAGCAAACUAUACACUGAUGCUGAUGCCUUUAUUACAAUCCGGGGUAAACAAACUGAACAAAAUCAGCAGUAACCGUACGCAACGCGAAACGGUUUCGGUACUGAAUGUGAACGCUGGGGUUUGUUUUUUUUGUUUGUGCGGAAGGGUAUAGAGCCGGCGACGGGCUGUACGACACAUUAUCGGUAAUGAAUGUAAAUCAAAAAAACAUUUAUUUAAAACUUCAUUCAUGCAAAGGUACAAAGAAAGCGAAAGGGAGAAAUCGUUUAAUGGGACAAACGGUACUCAGUCAAGGCCGGAAAUGGGGAAAAAUUCGAUAACAGUGUGAGAGAGGAUGGGAAUGUGCAGGCAAGGUAGGGGACGAUGUAAAGUCACGAUCGCCCCGGGGGAAAGGAGACAAACAAUCUUCAAUUGAAGCAAAACGGAAUGUGAAAAUCAAUACAAAAAAAAAGAACGAUUGUAGUAAUAAAACUAUCUGAUAUGGUGAACAUUAUUAUUACUGAUGGUAAAAUUAUUGGAAAACAGAACAAAACAAUAAAAAAAUCUAUUUAAAAACAUUAUA